AUGGAGAAGUACCUCCUUGGCCCUUCGAUGGGAGAAGGAAGGUUCGGAUCCGUACGUUCCGCUGUUAUCAGGGGGUCCGGGGUGCCUGUCGCCAUCAAGUUGAUUAACGUCACGCGCGUUGAGGAAGGUAUUCCUCAUAUGGUUGCCAGGGAAUUACUAGUGUCUAUGCGGCUGCAGCACCCAUACAUUAUUAGGACUUAUGAGGUCUUCCCAUACGGAUCUUCUGUGGCUUUGGUGAUGGAGCGUUGCGCGACCGAUUUGUCGGCGGUGCUCUGUGAAAGAAGUCCCGCUAAUCCCCUUUCCCCUCAAUCAGCAAAAUCACUUUUCAGGAUGCUUCUUGGGGCACUUGCAUAUAUGCACAAGGAGGGCAUCCUUCAUCGUGACGUAAAACCCUCAAAUUGCUUCUUGGCGCGAGAUGGAACCCUUCGUCUUGGUGACUUUGGUCUUAGUCGCAUGCAAGACACGGAAGAGUCCAUGACUCAUGAGGUGGUGUCGAGAUGGUACCGUCCCCCGGAGUUGUUGCUGGGUCAGCGCCACUACGGACCAGAGGUUGACAUGUGGUCCGCUGGCUGUGUGUUCGUAGAGUUGUUACGAGGGUAUACCGGCGCGUUUUUUGCUAGUGACGGAGAUGUCAUGCAGCUCUCACGGAUUUUCGAUGUUUUGGGCACCCCGACACAGGAAUCAUGGCCCACUGCGGAGUUGCUUCCAGAUUGGGGAAAGGUGCACUUCGAACCUAAGAACCCGUGCCCAUUGGGUGAGUUUUUCCCCGAGGCGUCCGGAUCUGCGGUUGACCUAUUGCGGGGUUUACUUUGUCUUGAUCCUUCCAGACGUCUCAGUGCUGCAGAUGCCCUUUGUCAUACAUAUUUCAACGAGUACUGA